CUGCUUUUCAUUCAUCAGCACCUACACAUUUUAGAAAGAAAGAUGGCUACGCUCAUGUCCAUGGCUGUUAUAGUUGCUGUUCUGGCAGCUAUGCUGCAUUACUCAGCAGCCCAGACGGUGCAUGUGGUGGGAGACAACACUGGGUGGACGGUGCCACAAGGUGGUGCAGCCACGUACACCUCCUGGGCUUCUGGAAAGCAGUUCGUGGUUGGUGAUACUCUAGUUUUCAAUUUCGCCACCAACGUUCAUGACGUAGCAGAACUAUCAAAAGAAUCAUUUGAUGCGUGCGACUUUUCCAGUACCAUCGGAAACAUCAUCACAACUGGUCCAGCCAACAUCACUCUCGCCACCGCCGGCAACCACUACUACGUCUGCACCAUUGGCAGCCACUGCACCUCCGGCCAGAAGCUAGCCAUCUCAGUAUCAGCCACUCCCGGCGCCUCCCCUCCUUCUUCGUCUACUGCACCCCCACCACCAUCCACCACCAACACACCCCCAUCAACACCAUCUCCAACUUCUGAAGUUUGCCCUCCAACCACAGCACCGAGUCCUAAGAUGAACACUCCCUCUCCUACAACUGCAACUUCACCAUCCACCACACAGGGUGGUGAUUCUUCAUCAUCAACUGUUUUUGCUAGUGUGUUUGUCUCCUUGGUGUCUCUUGUCAUCAGUUUCUUUCUUUAGGUAGCAGAGAAGAUUCAUAUUGGACGACAUUUUUUUGUGGGGUGUUAUUCAAUAAGUUUGAGAUUGAUUUCUAUGUUGUUGAGUUUUGUUUAACAACAUUUAUGUAUUGUUUUUGAGCAUAUAAUCAAUAAAAUUGU